GUACUACGGCGUCGGCAGGUUCGAGGACGACCGCGGCCUCUUCGAGGAGAUCGAGGUGAAAGCCAGCGAGCCCCCGACCAUUCUGCAGAGCGCCUUCGCCAGCUCGCAGAAGAACGUCCUACGAGGGAUACAUUGCUCCCCGUACGGCAAGAUUGUCGUCUGCCUCUCGGGCGAGAUGUUCGAUGCCCUGGUCGACCUGCGGCCAGACAGCAAGACGUACAUGCAGUGGGACGCGGCGCUGUUGUCACCGGGGCGCAGGACGCGCAUCUACGUGCCGCCCGGUGUGGGCCACGGCUACUUGGCAAUGCAGGAUAACACAUCCAACGUGUACCUGAAGUUGGGCUUGUACGAGAAGUCGAAGGAGCUCGAGGUCAACGCCCUCGACCCCGCGCUCGGCAUCCAGUGGCCGAAGCCCCUCGUCGGCAACUCCUAUAUCAUCUCGCCCAAGUCGAGCACAUCUGACUGGUGA